AAGUGCCCGGCUUCCCUGGUCCACAACCGUCACAGUCUGGUCUUCCCGUCUAAUGGCCGCUGCCUCCGCCAUGGCUGAGGCUUCCUCUAAGACGACCUCUGAGGAAGACCAGAGCAUCCAAGAGCCCAAAGAGGCCAACUCCACGACCGCCCAGAAGAAGAGGCGAGGGCUCCGAGGUUCCCGCAGGCGCCAUGCCAACCGCCGCAGGGACAACUUCGGGGACAGCUUUGCCGCCUAUUUCCCUCAGGUGCUGAAGCAGGUUCACGAGGGCCUCAGCCUUUCCCCUGAGUCCGUGAGUGUCAUGGAUUCUAUGGUCCAUGACAUAUUGGACCGCAUUGCCACCGAGGCUGGUCGCCUGGCCCGCUACGCCAAUCGUGUGACCAUCACCUCCCGGGACAUCCAGGUGGCCGUGCGCCUACUGCUGCCGGGGAAGAUGGGCAGGCUCGCUGAGGCCCAGGGCACGAAUGCCACCCUCAGAACUUCAUUAUGUGCGAUAUGGCAACAGAGAAAGUGAAUAUGCUGAUAUAAGAAGAGAGAAACCUUCCUUACGUCCAGGUAUGUGUCAGUAGGAUUACUGAGUGUCCACGGAAACAGCUCAUGCCUUAGUGUACAGUGGUGCAGCCAAUGAGUGACCUGCAGUCUAUGAGCAACGGUCAUUGUCCCCAAUGUUGGGGGGAGUGACCCAAGCUCAACCCACAGCAGCCUUCCUGCGGUAUUCAACCUGGUGUUUAAAGGAACGGCAGUGUGAUUCUUUACCUGAUGUUUUUGUUUGCAGUGUUUGUAAUCAUGGUCUUUUAGGGCUAUGAAUCCAAAGCCAAGAUUAAUCUAUGUUCCUUGUCCCUAACAUCAAGUCAUACAGAGCAUUGGCAGCCAUUAGCAGAAGUCAGAUAGUGCUUAUUUCCUCAAGAGAUUGGCAUAUUAAUAUUCUUGUUAAUAUUAACAUAGACUACCAUUCAUUGUGCUCUCUUCUGGGUCCCAAGUCUUGGUAUUUUUAGCAGUUUUUUCUAUAAGUGUGUUGCUGAAUUUCAGAGCAGGUGCUGACUUUCCCAUUGCUUUCCUUUUCAAUUGAUUUCCAGUCCCCGAGGAUGUGGACAAGAGAACAUACUCUGGGACUGCAACCCACAGGAAUUUAUGAUGUUGUGCCUUGAAACUAAAUCUAUGGCCAUUUUUGUUAAAUGUUUCCUGUGAACUUUGAAACAUCUCAUAAACACCCCUUCUCCUUCAUAUGUAAAAACCAGUAAAGGAUGGCACUCUCAGUCAAACCAUGAAACAAAAGCUGGAUAAAUGCCAAAAACCAAAAUUUUCUUGAACCCAUCCGAAGUGGGAAACAACCACCCCAGAGGGCCCAACACAUAGCCACAUAGAUUAUUCCACCAUUUAAAGAGGA